AUGCGAAACAUUUUAAGGCUUUUAUUUUUUACUGCUUUUAUUGCUAUAGGGUCUCUAGCAGCCGUUUUAGGUGUUGAUUACGGUCAACAAAAUAUCAAGGCCAUUGUAGUUUCACCGCAAGCUCCAUUAGAACUUGUGCUCACUCCAGAAGCAAAACGGAAAGAAAUUUCUGGUCUUUCAAUAAAGAGAUUACCAGGUUAUGGUAAGAAUGAUCCAAAUGGAAUUGAAAGAAUCUACGGUUCCGCUGUUGGCAGUCUGGCAACAAGGUUUCCUCAAAACACAUUGUUGCAUUUGAAACCAUUACUUGGGAAAUCACUAGAAGAUGAAACAACUGUAACUUUGUAUUCGAAACAACAUCCUGGUUUAAAAAUGGUAUCAACAAAUAGAAGUACUAUUGCAUUUAUGGUUGAUAAUGUGGAGUAUCCGUUGGAAGAGUUAGUGGCAAUGAAUAUCCAAGAGAUUGCUAGUAGAGCCGAUUCACUGUUGAAAGAUAGAGACGCAAGAACCGAGGACUUUGUAGACAAGAUAAGCCUUACAAUCCCUGACUUUUUUGACCAACAUCAAAGGAAAGCACUUCUAGAUGCCAGUUCAAUAACCGCAGGAAUCAAAGAGACAUAUCUAGUUAGCGAAGGAAUGUCUGUUGCAGUUAACUUCGUGCUAAAGCAGCGCCAAUUUCCACCAGGUGAAUUACAGCACUAUAUUGUGUAUGACAUGGGAAGUGGCUCUACUAAGGCCUCAAUGUUUUCUAUAUUGCAGCCGGAGGACAUUACUCAGCCCGUUACAAUAGAAUUUGAGGGAUACGGGUAUAAUCCACAUCUAGGUGGUGCAAAAUUUACUAUGGAUAUUGGCAGCUUGAUCGAGAAUAAGUUUUUGGAAACUCAACCAACUAUAAGAACUGAUGAAUUGCAUGCUAAUCCCAAGGCCUUAGCAAAAAUCAACCAGGCAGCAGAAAAGGCAAAAUUAAUAUUAAGUGCUAAUUCUGAGGCAACUAUUAAUAUAGAAUCAUUGAUCAACGACAUUGAUUUCCGCACUUCUAUCACUAGACAGGAAUUCGAAGAUUUUAUUGCAGACUCGUUACUGGAGAUUGUAAAACCCAUAAAUGACGCUCUGACAAAACAAUUUGGUGGUAACAAAACAAAUUUACCUGAAAUAAAUGGAGUCAUUUUGGCGGGCGGCUCUUCCCGUAUUCCUAUUGUGCAGGAUCAGUUAAUCAAACUCGUAUCCGAAGAGAAAGUGUUAAAAAAUGUUAAUGCUGACGAAUCAGCUGUGAAUGGUGUUAUUAUGAGAGGUAUCAAACUAUCAAACUCAUUUAAGACUAAGCCAUUAAAUGUUGUUGAUCGCUCUAUAAAUACUUAUGCAUUCAAAUUAUCAAAUGAAUCUGAAAUGUACGAUGUGUUUACCAGAGGAAGUGCUUAUCCAAACAGAACAUCUAUUUUGACUAAUGCAACUGAUUCAAUUCCUAGAGAUUUUACCAUUGAUUUAUUUGAGAAUGAUAAACUGUUCGAAACUAUCACAGUAGAUCCAGGAGCUGUAAAAAGCUCAUAUUCUUCCGAUAAGUGCUCUUCUGGAGUGGCGUAUAACAUCACUCUUGAUUUGUCUAGUGAUAGGUUAUUCUCAGUUCAAGAGGUUAGCUGCGUUUGCCAAAGUGAAAAUGAAGCAGGUAGCUCCAAGCAAACUAAAAACAAAGGCAGUCGCUUGGCUUUUAGUUCUGAAGAUGUUGAGAUCAAAAGACUUUCUCCUUCAGAACGUUUCCGUUUGCAUGAGCAUAUCAAUUUGCUCGAUAAACAGGAUAAGGAAAGAUUUCAAUUCCAGGAAAAUUUGAACGUCCUUGAAAGUAAUUUGUAUGAUGCCAGAAACUUGCUAAUGGAUGAUGAAGUUAUGCAAAAUGGACCAAAAUCCCAAGUAGAAGAGUUAUCGGAAAUGGUUAAGGUCUAUUUAGAUUGGCUCGAAGAUGCAUCCUUCAAUACUGACCCUGAAGAUAUAGUUAGCAGAAUUAGAGAGAUUGGAAUAUUAAAAAAGAAAAUUGAGCUUUACAUGAAUUCGUCAAAGGAACCUUUGAACUCUCAACAAUUUAAAGGAAUGCUUGAAGAAGGGCGUAGACUACUACAGUCUAUAGAAACCCACAAGAAGACCGUUGAAGAAUUUUUAAGUCAAUUUGAAGCCGAAUUUGCAGACACCAUAGAUAAUGUUAGAGAAGAAUUUCAAAAAACUAAACAACCAGCGUAUGUGUCUAAGGCGUUAUCUACAUGGGAGGAGACCCUAACCUCUUUCAAAAGUGCAAUUAGCGAAGUUGAGAAACUCCUGGCAAAAAAUCUCUUUGGCGAAGACCUUCGUGAGCAGUUAUUUGAAAUCAAAUUAAAGUUUGAUAUGUAUCGUACGAAACUAGAGGAAAAACUACGUCUUAUCAAAAGCGGUGAUGAAAGUCGCUUAAAUGAAAUAAAGAAGUUACAUUUAAGAAAGUUCCGCUUGCAAAAGAGAAAGGAAGAAAAACUGAAAAGAAAGCUUGAACAGGAACAAAACAGGGGCAAGAAUGAAACAGAAUCGAUAGUAAAUAACUCCGCCGACGAUAGAACCACUCUUCUAAAUGAUAAGACGACCGAGUCGAAUCUAAGCUCAAAGGAAGAAAUUUUGCAUGAUGAAUUAUAG